AUGUGUUGCUUCACUGUUUGUGUUCCAACAUUCAUUUCUUCUAAAACGGCAACAAUCGACGAUGCCGCCAACCAUGUUUUUAAGAUAAAGGCUAAAGGCUAAAUCAUGUGCUUGUUUUAAAAACACAAGUUGUAAUUGUCUUCUUUUCGGGAAGAAUUGUUCACUAGUUGCCAAAGUGCUGCCGCUUGUUGUCAAGCGCGUCGCGUUCACCGCCACCCACCGGACAGCGUUCGUAAAUUCAACUUGAGGCAAAAAAUUGUCCAGAUGAUGACUCGCAUCUGGGGGGGAAAAAAACCAACAAAAAAAAAAAAAAAAGCCGUAUCCGAAGGCAGCGCAAAGUUUCAGGAAGGCGGCGACGACGUGCGCCGAAAAGUUACGAGUCAGUUUGCAGUGUAUCUAAUCAAGUGUCCCUCACGUGUUCGGGGUUAGUUAUGUGUGUGUGAUGUUGCUGGGUUACCACGGCAACCCAGUCAGGCUCCCGGCACCUCAUCAACUUCCUCCUCCUCCCGGACGGCCCUUCCCGGAAACGACUUCCUGUUUGGCCGGAAAGCGCCGGGCGUAUUCUGCCGUUUGUUCUGCACCGCGUCGAUCGUUCGAAAGAAUUCUCGGCUCCUGUUUGCUCACCGAGCCGCAGGCCGCGCGCCCGCGUCAACUGGCGUACGUGCGUCGACCCCACCCUCCUCCGCCGCCGCACGGGAACCGCAGACGGAACAACCGGCUGCGGGAACAGAAAGAAAGAAAGAAAGAAAGAAAGAAGACGGGUGAAGAAGGAGUCGGAGUAGGAGGAGGUUCCGGAAGACAUGAGCGCGGCGCCAAACUCGACGGCGCCGUCUUCGGAUGUUGAAAUCACGCCGGAGGCGGUGGGCUUCCUGUCGGCGGUGGGCGUCUUCAUCGCGGCGCUGGCGCUCGUCUUCCUCUUCGUCAACAAGAUGCUCUGCUUCUCCAAAGUGGGCGGAGCUCCGUGUCUGGAGCGGCGGCGGCGGUCUCCGGGGGUCCGCCGAGGCCUCGUCGACAGCGGUGACCAAUCGUCCUCGGACAGCGACAACCAGUUGAUGAAACACUUUGAGAUUUCCGUGUCACGCUCGAAAGGUCGCCGGCCCGCGGCGGCGAGCGGUCGGCGCGAUCUCUUUGCCGGCGAGCGGACGACGGCGGACGACGGCGCGGAGUCGUCCCAGCGGGAAGAGAGAAAGCGGUGUUGGGGCGGGAUUAUGUCAAUGAGCCAAAUUGUGACGCGAACACGUUUUCUCGUCGCGGACGUUUUCCCGCCAGCCGUCACAGAGGCCACCGGUCAACGUCACCGUCUGGACGAGACACGGGGGGCGCCGGAGGGACCCCCGCCACAACAACCACAUUCGUUGGCCGCCGUGGAAGAGAGUCCCGCACCCUCCGACGCGAAACCACCAAUCACGGACAACAACUCGGAGGACCUGGAGGCGGGCUGCGGCCAAACUGCUGACGGUUCCGCCGCAUGGAAACCUCAGGAGCCCCGAACCCCGAAUGACGUCACCCCCUCGCCCGCCGGCUCCUCCCCCCGGCGACCUCUCUCCAAGUGCUGCGACCUGCUGGUCUCGCUGGAGUACCGAGCGGCGGCCGAGAAGCUGCUGGUCACCGUGGUGUCGGCGCGAGAUCUUCCGGACCGGCGGCGAAGCGGGAUGGACGCCUGGCAGGUCCACGUGGUCCUCCUGCCCACCAAGAAGCAACGGCACAAGACGUCGCUCAGGCGGCCGGCCGGCGCGGAGGGUCCGGCCUCGCUCGGCUUCGGCCAGACCUUCGCCUUGACGCGCGUGGAGGCCUCCCGCCUCCCGGCGGCGGCGCUCAGGUUCCGCAUGUACGCCCUGGAGGGCAGGAUGUCGCGGCAGCGGAUGAUGGGCGAGAAGCUUCUGCCUCUGGCCGGUGUGGACCGGGCCGGCGGAACCGCAGACAUCCGUCUGGUCCUGGAGCCUCGCCACAACACCAAGAGCGUGGACUCGGAGCUGAGCCUGGCCGGCGACAGCGCGUCGUCAACGCAGUCGCUGACUCACGGCGGCGCUCCUGAGCUCCUGAUGGGCCUCUCCUACAGCGCCACCACCGGGAGGAUGUCGGUGGAGGUCAUCAAGGGGAGCCACUUUAGGAACAUGGCUGCCAACAGACCUCCUGACACGUUCGCCCGACUGACACUGCUGAACUCGGUGGGCCAGGAGAUCUCGCGCUGCAAGACGUCGGUCCGGCGCGCGCAGCCCAACCCGGUGUACAGGGAGACCUUCGCCUUCCAGGUGCCGCUCUUCCAGCUUUCCGACGUCACGCUCAUGGCGUCCGUGUACGGCCGCCGCGGCCUCAAGCGAAAGGAGAUGAUCGGCUGGGCGGCCCUGGGCCAGAACAGCAGCGGCGAGGAGGAGCGCCUCCACUGGCGGGACGCGAAGGACGCGCGCGGCGCGCAAGUGUGCAGGUGGCACGUCCUCCUCGACGCCUGACUCCUCGGCGGACCGUUUAGGACACGCGCAAAAGAAAAAAACAAUGCAACAAAGGCCCACCUUUUCCAAACAAAAAGUUUUCCAGAUGAAAGUUGGAAUAUUACAAGAUUCAAGUUGUACAUCCAUUUUUGGACAAUAAAGUUGUAUAUUAUUGAGAAAAAAGCAGUACACUUUCAGAUUAAAGUCGUAAUCUUGAAGAAAAAGUGGUCGGUUUUGGAGAAUUUGUAGAUUAGAACUGAAAAAGAUGAAACCUUUUUCUGAUGCAAUUCCAAGGAAAACAAAAAUCUCCUUUUUAAGAAGAGAACAUGUACAACUUUAUUGACGUAAUAUUUAAGCGUUUCUCGUAAGAAAAUAGCACCUUUCACCUAAAAAACUCGACGAUGAAUCUAAAAAACUUUUUCUCAGUUAUAUACGACUUCAUACUCCAUCCAACAUUUACGACUUUUAUGUACAAAAUUCCCAAAAUAAAAAUGCAACCUUUUACUUUG